CAGGAAGUGGGUCGCUCGCUGUUGUUUGUGUUCGUUGGUCGUCUCUCGUCUCUCGUCUCUCUGAUUCCGUACAGCUCGUAACACGGGCCGAAAUGGCGACGUUUAUUUCAGUCCCGUUAAAGAAGUCGUCCGAGGUGGACCUGGUAAAGCCGCUGUCCAAGUUCGUAACGGCCACAUACGCGGGGAGCGAGGACCAGGCAGAGUACCUCCGAUCCGUGGACGAGUUGAACAAGCUCCGCAAGAACGCGCUGGGGAGGCCGCUGGACAAACACGAGAGCUCGCUGGAGGUCCUGCUCAGAUAUUAUGACCAGCUGUGUGCUGUUGAGCCCAAGUUUCCCUUCUCUGAAAACCAGCUCUGCUUGACCUUCACAUGGAAGGAUGCCUUCGAUAAAGGGUCGCUGUUUGGUGGCUCAGUCAAGCUCGCUUUGGCCAGUUUGGGCUACGAGAAGACGUGUGUGUUGUUCAACACAGCAGCGUUGGCCAGUCAGAUCGCCUCAGAGCAGAACCUGGACAAUGACGAGGGGCUGAAGGCUUCAGCCAAAUUUUAUCAGCUGGCCAGUGGAGCGUUUGGUCACAUUAAGGACACCGUGCUGUCUGCACUGAAUAGAGAGCCCACCAUGGACAUCUCCCCGGAGACUGUGGGCACCCUCAGCCUCAUUAUGCUGGCCCAGGCCCAGGAGGUCUUCUUCCUCAAAGCUGCUUCAGAUAGGAUGAAAGAUGCUCUCGUCGCAAAGCUGGCCAAUCAGGCGGCAGAUUACUAUGGCGAUGCCUUCAAGCAGUGCCAGUAUAAAGACAACCUUCCCAAGUAUUUUUAUUUUCAGGAAGUGAUCCCGGUGCUGGGGGCCAAGCACUGCAUCAUGCAGGCCAACGCCGAGCUGUACCAGAGCCUCGUGGCCAAGCAGAAGAAGCAUUUUGGAGAGGAGAUCGCUCGCCUGCAGCAUGCAAAAGAUCUGGUGAAAACCCCUUAUGACGAGUACGUGAGCGUUAAGGACCUGACUGAUAAGAUCAACCGAGCGCUCACCGCUGCCAAAAAAGACAACGAUUUUAUCUACCAUGAUCGUAUUCCUGACGUCAAGGAUCUGGAGCAUAUCGGCAAGGCAACAUUGGUCAAACCCACUGCCAUCACAAUGCCACUCAGCCAGAAAUUCACAGACUUGUUUGAGAAGAUGGUUCCCAUGGCGGUGCAGUGUUCCAUGAACAUUUACAACCAGAGGAAGGCUGAGACUGUGAACCGACUGGUGGGAACGAUGAGGGAGUCCACCAACCUCUGCAACGGGGUGUUGGCGUCCCUGAACCUGCCAGCUGCUCUGGAGGACCUGUCCGGAGACUCUAUCCCACAAUCCAUUGCUGAGAAGGCCAGAUCCAUCGUGCAGCAGGGAGGACUACAGAGCAUCGAGCAGCUCAUCAAAGACCUGCCAGAGCUCCUGACUCGCAACAGAGAGAUCCUGGACGAGUCUCUGAAGAUGCUGGACGAUGAAGAGACGACAGACAACGAGCUGAGAACAAAGUUCAACCAGCGCUGGAACAGAACCCCCUCUGGUGACCUGUAUAAGCCCCUUCGUGCAGAGGGCGGUAACUUCCGGAACCUCUUGGACAAGGCUGUACAGGCCGAUCAGGUGGUCAAGGACCGCUACAGCGUCCACUGUGACAUGAUCACCUUGCUGUGUAAACCAGUGGACGAGCUCAACGCUGCCAUCCCCUCCGCCAACCCCACCAAAACCCUGCAGGGCAGCGAGGUCGUGAACGUGCUGCGCUCGCUGCUCACCCAGCUGGACAACAUGAAGAUGGAGCGGGAGACGCUGGAGGGCGAGGUCAAGGCCGUGACCUUUGACAUGUCUGCUACCUUCCUGAUGGCACUGGCCCAGGACGGGGCCUUCAACGAGGAGCAGCUCUCACUCUCCCAGCUCGACCAGCUGUACGGCACCUACAACCAGAGGGUACAAGCCACCCUCCGCACGCAGGAAGAGCUGCUUGGACAGGUUCAGACAUCCCACCAGGAGUUCAGCAGUCUGAAGCAGUCCAACUCCGAGGCCAACCAGAGGGAGGAGGUCCUGAAGAAGCUGGCUUCAGCCCAUGACAGCUACGUCGAGAUCAGCAGCAACCUGCGCGAAGGCACCAAGUUCUACAAUGACUUGACAGAAAUCCUGCUCAAGUUCCAGAACAAAUGCAGCGACAUCGUUUUCGCUCGCAAGACGGAGCGGGAGGAACUACUCAAGGACCUGCAGGUGAGCAUCGCCCGGGAGCCCAGUGCUCCAUCCUUCAAUGUUCCUGCCUAUCAGAGCAACCCGGCUGCCGGCCCGACCCCCGCACCCAGGACUGUAUUUCAGCCUCAACCAGCCCAGCAGCCCCCAGCGAAGCCCCUGCCCCCAGCCCGGCCUCCACCUCCCAGCGUCACCCCUCAGGCUGCCUCCGCCGCUCCCGCCAACACACCAGCCGCUGGCCUUCCCUCCAACAACCCACCACCUCUGGCCCCAUCCUCCACGGCCCAGGGACCACCUUACCCCACUUACCAGGGUUACCCAGGGUACUUCCAGGUGCCGGUGGGAUACCCCUACGGCUAUGGUCAAUACAACAUGCCCAACAUGCCCAACAUGCCCAACAUGCCCAACAUGCCCAACAUGCCUAACAUGCCCUACAUGCAAUACCAGGCCCCUCAAGGGCAAGGAGGAUACCCUGGAGCUCCCCCUGCUGGACAACCCUAUCCUGGCUACCCCCAGCAACCACCACAGCAGCAACAGCCCUACUACCCUCAGCAAUAAACCUCCUCUUCAUCGCCUGAUUCUUCUUCACACACGUUAACACCAAAUAAAAACUUCCCCCCAGCAAUAACACUUUAUCUCCAUCUACUCCCUUUGUUUCUCACUUUUAGCAGCUGUGAGUGAACAGUGACUCUAGAGCUGCUUUGCACUUCUUCUGAAACUUUUGAUUACGUUGCUCUUCUGAAGGUUUUUUCUUUUCCAUCGCUCACGUCCCGUGUUGUCUGGGCUCUGAGAGCACUUUUCCUCGACUAUCUCAACUCUCACUGAUGCACUAACCCCCCCUCAUGUUGAUGUACUCAUAUCCUUAGAGUUUUGUUACUUGUUUAAUUUAAACCUAGCCUUGUCUGCAUCAAUAACCGACUCUUUGUCCGGGCUGGACUGCUGUACAACACUCGUGGGGGCACGUAGGAUCCCAGGAUGGCUCUCUGUCUCCUGCUUUGAGAGUGUAUGUCGGGUGGGCGGAUGCCACUCAUCCUCACUCCCCCAACCCACUCUGUGCUUCUGUAUCAACUAUAAUCCUAUUUUUGUAAUAAAUACCGAUGCCGAGCUGAUGUAAAAAAAAAAAAACUCUAAAAAACGAAUGGCCUGCAGGUUUUCUAAUGUUAAUCAGACUGUUGAGCGCUCUGCUCUCUUUCGCUCUUUUUCUGUUCUUCAGUCUCAUCCAGGGAACGUGGGUAUAUAUUUUCCGUGUUACAAUCAGACUGCAUAAUUGGGAGAAAUGGUUCUAUUAUAUAAAUAUAUGUAUAAAUAAGACUCCGUGUGUGGUUAACUGAGACACUGUGCACCCUCAUGCUCUUUGUGUUUAUUUUUAUUCCUUAGCUCUAAUGUGAUUAAAAACAACUGCGAGUCAGACUUUGUCGGUC